AUGACUGAGUCAAAGCCUACGUCCAACACCCUCCCAGAAUUGCUCAAAGAGGGUUUGAUGGACUACGAGAGUGACACCGUCGCGUCGAGUGUCUAUGGCAAUCCUCCUACGCCACCGGCACAUGACACCAUGCGCAUCGCGCCUAAUUCAUUCGUGGAACGCGAUGAGGUACCUUUACCCCUUGUACAGCGUGCAGCCGUCGACCCUGCGUUGGGUGUGUUGCACAACGCUCUUGAUGAAGAACAAGCUCAAUAUCUUCAGUCGGUCGAUAAACGCAAGCGUCAAGCACAAUGUGUAGCCACAGCGUAUGCUCACGGUGGUUAUUGCACGACACAACCGAGUGUGGUGAACGCAUUCGUCAGAUUGCCGGCAUGGGUUACGGGACCCAAGGCUGCCACAGCCGCUUCACUCGCGGAGAGGAAGGAUCUCAGAGCGAGAAACCUAUGA